UUCAACGUUCAACAAUAACUUGUAUAUUCUACCUGUGGAUAAGCUCCUUUAACAUGAUUUUGUCAAUUGGGAAUAGGGAAUAAAUUACAGACCAAGGAACGCUAUAAAGUUUACGCUCAACCUUUCAGUCGAAACAUAAAACGUAAAGUUAUGUGCAUAACGUUUCGUAUUCAAAAAAAGUGUUAUCGUUAGUGUUGCAGUGAUUAAGCUGUUUUAAGAAUACAUGUUCACAAAGUGAAACCUUUAACUCCUUAACCAACAUUUGGUGGACUUAUGUUUGGAAAGCCAUGAUCUCUAUUUGGAUGUCUUGUUUGGUCACUUUCUCGUCGUUACGGGUGUAUACAGUAGCGGACACAAUACCUGUGUUAGACACUCUAGAGAGAAUUGCCAUCUUUGGGACGGAUGCCUCCACUGACUUGCCGGAAUACCAGUCGGUUGUCGUGCAUCUCUUGAACGGAACGGAACAUUCCGACGUCGACGUCAAGCAAUUCCGGAAGCGGCCGCCAACACUGCAGUACCGAGUGUCGUUCGGCAACGAAACGUUCACGAUCAAUCUGCGAAAGAAUACGAACAUGAUUUCAUCGGGCUGCAUCAUCCGUCAAGUGAACGGAAGCGGCCACUCAACGGUGAGACCCUGCAUGGAGCAUGACGUCACGUGCUAUUACACCGGAACUACCAGCGCCCACAACGACUCCUGGGUGGCGGCCAGCGUCUGUGGAGGGCUGAAAGGGUUGCUCAGUUUCGGCAACACGAGCCUGUUCAUAUACCCCAUGAAGCGGACAUCGGAUCAGACGUCAACGUCAGCAUCGCCCAAUCACGUGAUCUACCGUUACCAGGGUGACAAGCACGUGUGCAAGACGGAAGACGACGUUACCGAUAUACUCUAUCCCACUUCUCAGGCACAAGGGAGGCACCAGGGCAACGAAAUGAAAACCAGGUACAUAGAGGCGGGGAUCGUUGUCGACCCUGUCAUGGCGAGAUUCCACAACGACAACAUUCUCCAGUACGUCUUCACUGGCUUUAACAUCGCGUCGAAGUUGUUCGCAGACCGGUCCAUUGGCACGUUGAUGAAACUCUUAUUGUCAGAGAUCAUUGUGUUCAACUCGUCCAAUGGGUUUGAUGUGAGUGACACAGUGGACGCUGAAAAGACAAAGAACAGUUUCUGUGAGUGGCAGAGCAAGCAUCACACGCUGAACAAAACUGACGUUACCAUCCUUUUAACACGAAAUGAUAUUGAAUAUGGCGCCAAUGACAACGGGAAGUCCACGAACGGCCUUGCGUUCCUCUCUGGUGCGUGUAAGAUACGAGAGAAGUGUGCCGUCGUGGAAGAUACUGGGCCCGUAUUCGGUCUCACCCUGGCGCAUGAAAUAGGCCACCUUAUCGGCAUGAGCCAUGACAACACAAGUGAUAACCACUGUCCUCCCGCCCUCAUGUCCGCUUACGGCAAUACUGGGGCGGAUGCCUUCCGGUGGUCCAAUUGCAGCGCCAAGGAACUCUUCAACAACAUUAGGUACAAUCUUGGGUGCCUGGAAAACGCUCCAGUAAGUGGAGACGUUGACAUGAUGCACCUGUAUGGCUCCCAGCUCGCCCCGCUGCCUCUACCCGGGAUGGUGUACACAGCGGACGAUCAGUGCCGUCUUAUGCUUGGUGACCACGCCUACUUCUUCUACAACACAGAACAUGACCCCUGCAAAGUGAUCGCCUGCCACACCGAUUGGGGCAACUACUAUUACUCCCAGCCUCUAAUGGACGGGACGGACUGUAACAACACCCGAACGUGGUGCAUGCGCGGUCAGUCAGUUGCGAUGAACGCUUCCCUUCAGACAGACCCUAUCCCAGGGGGGUGGAGCCCAUGGGUGAGCGCCACGUGCAGUCGCAAGUGCGGGGGAGGCGUUUUGUUGCAGACAAGGACGUGCACGGACCCAAAACCCAGAUACGGCGGGAAGCACUGCGAAGGGCCGUGGAAGAAAUACCUGCUUUGUAAUAUGCAGAAAUGUCCCGACUAUAAAAGCCUGAACAUGAUGUGUGACGCGUUGGAUAAAGGUAUAUUCGGAUGCAACUUCACCUGCUUCUACCGGGUAAACGACCUGCAGACCUGCUUUACCCCAGACCUAUCACCGUACAGAGCCUGUGUGAGGCAGCAGUGUCAGCGAUUCGGCUGUGAUGGCGUCAUGGGAUCAGAGAUGAAGUAUGACGUGUGUGGGGAGUGUGGCGGGAACGCCAACACGUGUCGGAAAGAGGCGUACGCAUUCUCGAACCCAACACGAAACUUCCUGACUGGUUACCAGGCCGUUGCGAGCAUUCCUAUUCACAGUACGUCCGUGCGGGUGGAACAGAAUAAUACUGACAUGGUUCUAGGUAUCACAGUGAACAACGAGGUGAUAUUCGACGGAGAGAACUUCCCCACCCAGACGCUGGUGAUCAUCCGCGACCUUCGGAUCUUAUACAACCCCACUCCGGAGACAGUAGAAAUAGCAGGGCCCGUAGAUGACAACUUGGUCGUUCAGGCACGAGUCAGGAACGACUCUCUUUUAAAUGAGACGAGCUACUUCGCGGUGGUGUGCGCCUACCACCUGGGAAGACGCGAUGACAUCCCCAGAUACACGUGGGGAGCACGUACAAGCCCCUGCUCCAUCACCUGCGGAGGUUUAUCCAGCAGUAAGAAAACCUACCAGUGUUUUGACAUAAGUGGCACCACAGUUGAAGACUAUCGUUGUGAUAUCGCUACUAAGCCCAAUGAUGAGCUAUCUCGUUGCGACACUGCACCCUGCCCCGUGAGAUGGGUGGCUUCUGGCUGGGGAUUCUGUUCUGCAAGAUGUGGGCAAGGAUUUAAGCUGCAAAAUGUGUCAUGUAUGCAGCUUGCCGACGGACACGAUCAGGUGCUGAGCGAUGAUCGCUGCCUCGGUUUUACCAAACCAUAUUCCAACAUCACGUGCGAUCUGGAUCCUUGUGGGGUCUGGAGGAAAAUGAGAGUGUCUCAGUGUUCAAAGUCGUGCAGUGAGGGUAUGCAGAUUGCGGAAUACAAAUGCGUUCGAAGUGCCACAUCCGACAUACUAGUACCUGACUUCCUGUGUCCGGAACGGCCAAAACCCAUCGAAGUAUGUAAUCACGGACCGUGUGUCAUCGAUCCGGUUAGUUGCUCGAACCUGGUACCGGACUGCAAGCGGACAUACGGACAUGACAUUUGUUACGGAAAGUACAAACAAUGGGCCGAAGUAAACUGUAAAGCCACCUGUGGGGUAUGCGCCGAUCGAGCUCCCCCAACCACAACCGCACCGGACCUGGAUGGCAGGUGUGGGCAGUACUUGCAGGGUGGUCAGGCGCUGGAGUUGUGUGUCACAAAGUACCGGAUAUGGGGAGAGAGGAACUGUCCUACUACGUGUGGGCCGUGCAUUGGUGCUGUGGACAGACCACGUGACGUCACAGUGAGAUGCGAGAUGUACGACCGGAAGUACUGUCUGGACCCGCCUACCGUCAGUACAUGAGCGCUUACUGCGGUCGCUAUUGCUGCCACUGCUACAUCGACGGCAACCUGUGUCGGACUUGAUUGCCGACGGGGGACAUUGACGCGAUAAAAAUGUUUUCUACGCGUACAUGUCUUUGUUGAUGCAUAUUUGUGCAGCAUUGUUUUUCAGCAUAAGAACGAUAUUUAAAUUGAAACUUGAAAUAACAGUUUUCAGUAUAAUUAUAUUGUACAUAUGUAUUUUAUUACAUUAUAUCUUUUGCAUGACGAUGAGCUUUAAGUUAGCAAUAAAAUCUAGAUAUUCAUAUAUCAAUCUGGGGGAUGUGUUUAAAGACUGAUUGUUUUUGUUGCUUUAUCCCAGUGAAGAGUACGUUAAAAUGUAUCAUAUUAAACAGUUCUUACAGAAAUAAAAACACACACUCUAUUUUACAAUAUUUUAAUCGUUAUCGAUGUUCAGAUAUUGUGUGGGUGAAAAAUACAGUGGCAUUGCGUAUUGAUAAUACUGCGUUAUAACUGAAUGUUUUUAUAAGAUUUUUUAGAACAGAACAUAACAUUUUUUCAUUAAAUCAUGUAUACGGCUUGUCAUUAUGCUAUAUACACAUUACAAAAGUAUCAACGCGCUUAAAACUAACACAUUUAAUGGUAAGACAUACACAAAUCAAACAUGUGUGCCAUUAUAUGAACAAUAAUUUAAGCAAAUACGUAUAUAGAUUUUAGGAUGAACAAUGUAACAUGUAUUAAUGUUUCUCCAAAUGUCCAAACAUUGUAGUUUAUUGCGUUGUUUAUGGAC